UUUGCAACUCGGUCAAAUAUACGAUACGUUAUCUAUAUAUUUUAUAUGCUAUGGAACCAAGUUUCUUCGACCGUUGCAUUUUCAAAUGUCGUUGGUUUAUGGGAGAAUUUGUGUCCUCGAUGUCCAACAUGUCGUUGUAGCCAUUCGUAAAGUUCGGACUCUCGAGCGAGACGGAAAUUCGGGAAAUUUGGGUGUGACUCUCAAAAAGUGCGCAUAAUUUAUACGAAUGUCGAUCGUUAUCUAAGUGUCAAAUCGUGAAGGAUAAAUAACUGUGAGACGCGAAAGGGAAACAAUAAAGUCGAGGCAACAUGAUGCAAUUUAUGUUACUGUUCAGCCGUCAAGGGAAGCUCCGUUUACAAAAGUGGUAUGUCGCGCAUCCGGAUAAGUUGAAAAAGAAGAUUACGCGCGAGCUAAUAACCACGAUACUCGCACGAAAGCCAAAAAUGUCAAGCUUCUUAGAAUGGAAGGAUGUUAAAGUCGUCUACAAGAGAUAUGCAAGCUUGUACUUUUGCUGUGCAAUUGAGCAAAAUGAUAAUGAAUUAUUGACUUUGGAAAUUAUACAUCGAUAUGUUGAAUUAUUGGAUAAGUAUUUUGGCAGUGUAUGCGAAUUGGACAUAAUUUUCAAUUUCGAAAAGGCAUACUUUAUCUUAGACGAAUUACUUGUUGGUGGAGAGAUUCAAGAAACUAGCAAAAAGAAUGUAUUAAAAGCCAUUGCUGCCCAGGAUCUGCUACAGGAGGAGGAGACUCCUCAGGGAUUUUUCGAGGAUCAUGGAUUGGGAUAAUAUUCUUUAAAAUAAUAUUUUGGCGUACUUCGUCGUAAGUUUAUACAUUCCCACAAUUAUGUUUUAUUUCAUUUCAUAUUAUCAUACGAUUCAUAUUUGUUGCUUUAAGAAAUGCAAAAUUUAGAAAAAAGCUAUAUAUAUAUAUACAUACAAGUAAU